CUGCCCACUGCGAAGAAAGUGCAGCCAAAUUAUUGUUUAUGUAGUCCACUAUUAGCCGCCAAUGAACGACAAUUAAAUAGUAUGCUUGUCAGAGUGACGUGUCGCUUUAUUCUUAUGUCAUCGGCAAGUCCAAAGCGCCAACAUCGCCUUUACUCAAAUUAUAAAAUUAAUUAACGUCUGAGCGCUGCCAUUGGACAUUAAAGUACGACGUAUUGUACGUCUAAAGUAAAUUAAAACUUGAGUCUUCUACUUGAAUUUUGAAGCUUCAGUUGCUUCUUAUUGUUCACGAGUUGGGAUAACCUCUAUUUUCUGUACAUACCGUAGAACAUGUAACUAACAAACAAAACUAACAAGCUUAUGUUCAACUGAUCACCAAAAAUACAGCGAAACGUCUUCUUCUAUUGUAACUAAAAAUGAAGCGGAGAACUUGAUACAGCACGAUUUUAACAAAUGCUUUUGUUCGAACAAUCUCCAUCAUAAAGUACCAGACGAUAUAAAUGGCAACGAGGUGGAACGACUUGUUGUGUUUUUCUACAGAAAUAAAGUCACAAACGAAAUCUUCAUGUACACGCCUAGAAAAAGAACUCAGUAUUUCUUCCCUGAUUUACCGAUAGAAGAAGGCAACGACUUAAUCGCAAUAACUACAGAGACAGUAGUUCAAGUUAUAAGAGAAAACAGUAAUUUUGUAAAAGUACACUCUCGUCAAUCAGAAUCAUCAAGUAUAGAAUCGGAAGAUGUUGCAGAUAAUGAUUCCGUGGCGAUUGGUUUGAAUACUGGAAUAAUAGAAACUACUAAACUACGACCAGAGCUUACAGAUGAACUGGUCUAUGAAAACGACGAUAUGAACAGCGACAACAGCCAAAGCAUAUUUUAUGAUAACACCUUACCAAUAGAAAUCGAUAAUACAGAGGAUCAAAUAAAAGAUGGCGAAAAUCAGAGUGUAUUGCAACAAACUGACGAUUUAAAUGAUCAAUCGAAAGAUUACGUUUCUGAAGAACCUACUACAAAUUUUGAAAAUACUGUUAAUAAUUGUUCCCCUGAUAAUCCUCUAUGUCAACAUAUUAUUGCAUCAAAUCAGAUUGAUAAGUAUAUUUGGAAUACGGAAAACACUAUCCAUGAUCCACAGUAUUCUUUAAAUACUGAGUCUGUUACGGAAAAAUCUUUAGCCGACUCUGAUAAAACCUUUGAUAUGAUAAAAUGGAACGAAGUGAACAAUGAGUCUCCCAAUUCCAAAACUAUAUACAUUCAAAAUAUUUUACAACCCCUUAUUUCAUUAUUUAAAAAACCGACACAUUUCGAUGGAUGGUUCAACCAACAGAUACAUAUAUUAAGUAACAACAGUAAGCAGUUGGAAAAUACUUUUGAUCUUGAUUUCUUAAAGUCUAGGUUAGCGAACAUUCUGUAUGAGAAUCACAUUUUAAUAACAAAAGAUGGAGUACUUAAAAAUGACCACGAUGUGGCUAUAAACGCCGCUAAUUUGAGACUGCAUUAUAUCUCCAUAGGUGAUAUCGGCUCGUACAAUAAUUUGCAGAACAUAAAAGGCAGUACAUUUUCACUGCCUCAAAACUUGCGGUACUUAGAUACUAUUGUUGUAACUCAAAUCUCUCCGCCAAAAUUACUGGGAAUUAUACCAUUAAAGAGAAGGUGCGAAACAACUUCUCCUAAACCUUCUUACAGAAGAAUGUUAAGCAAUUGGCCAUAUCCACACCCAAGCCCAGCAAAACAUCUCUAUCAUCAUCCUUAUAAUUUUUAUUCACCCGGAAAUACACCAGGAGAAUAUAAUGAUUUCAACGAAUAUUACUCCGUGCGAAACCUGCCGAAGCCAAAACAAAACUUGAGGCAAAAGGAGAAACGUAACAAGGUACGGUCUUCUUUAUUGAGCAGUGGAUUAGGACCUGAGAAAAUGCUAAACACUGUGAAAUCAUUGUUUAACUUACAAGUUGGACCUUUAUCCCUGCCAGGUGAUUUCAUAGAUCUUUUCGGAUCUGGACAACAGCGUAAUGAAGAUUUCGACAAUCAGGAAGAAGUCGAAUUUGAUGAUGAUAUUGGAAUAAGAAUAAUUGGUGGAAAUCCAGCAACUAGCAGCGGUACGCCUCUUAGCAGUAAAGGGAGGUCUGCUGCUUUUUAAAAAAUAGCAAACAAGAGUUUGUUCAAGUCGUAGUAAUUAUGAAGAAGGCAAUCCUAAGAGUUUAAUAUUCGUACCAUACCUAUGUAAUUUGAUAAAUACGUAGCAAUUCAUAUUAAAUAUUAAAAAAGACAGGCCUUCUUAAUCAUUAUCUUUGUUUUUACAUUCCGGUUUUUUUUGUAUUUCGGAAUUUUCUCAGUGCAAUUAAAAAUCUAUGUAUUCAUCCAUUCGUCAAUAAUUUCGAUUAUAAUUACUGUGACACACGAUGACAUGGCUUUCGCGGAUCUCUGAUUUUAACUACCUAUGUAAACUUAUUAUAAAUAAAGUAUUCAAGCAUUG